AACCAACGCCAUCUUCAUGCAACCGUUUUCGUUUCCCCUUGGACGAGGCGGAGAGACGCCACCUUUGCCGUCGCGCGAGGGUUUUUGUAGUUUUUCAAGAAGGCUCACCGACUUGAAAUAUUUUGUCGGCGGGCGUUAAGUAGUAAUGUUUAUUUUCGGUUGACUUUGUUAUUGAAGGUAUUGAUAGACAACGAGGCCUUUUGGAGCCGUUUUCUUUCACGUCGUCUGAAUCCGGAUGAGAAGUCAAGAUGAAGGUUGUCUUAAAGAGUGUGUCUGGGGAAUCGAUCACUGUUCAAGUGCAUCCCCAAGACACGAUAGGCGAUCUGAAGAGCCGCAUUCAGAACCAAAUGGGCAUACCAUUUGACUUCAAUCAAUUGAAGAUUCAAGGCAAACCUUUGACAGACGAUACAUUGGUUGUUGAAUAUUUCUCCUUAGCUGCUGAUCGAAAGCCUCGUGAUGCUCCAACAGAGCAGGCACGAUGGGAUAUUCCGCCUCUUGAAUGUGCUGUACCGGGUUGUGAUAAUUCAAAAUCUACAACUCCAGAUCGAUCAUUUUUCCGUUUCCCAAUCCAUACUGCAAACAGAUGCCAACAUUGGACUAUGGCAUGCAGACGCACAGAUCUCAUAGAUAAAGCCCCAGCUUUUCUUAAUCACCACUAUGCCAUUUGCUCUGACCAUUUUGCACUGGACCAGUUUACCAAUACAUCUCGUAAGGUUUUGAAAAGGAAAGCUGUUCCUAGUCUGUUUAGUUGGCAAGCAGAGGAGGGCAACGACUUCAUAGGAUCAGAAGUUCUUAACCCAGAUUCUAUUCAAAUUAAUGAGUCUACACCUGUGAUGGUAAAAAUGGAACCUGUGGAUGUAAGUGCCCCAAAUGCCAUGACAUUGCUGUCAUCUGAUAUGCCCAUGGUCAGCAUGGACGGCUCCAGUGCAGAGAGCGGCAACAUUAUGGAUGAUGUCAUCAGUGACGAUGAGGAUGAUGAGGAUGAUGGAAUGGAUGGGGAAGAAGAAUUUGAAGAAGAAGAUGACUUAGAUAUUGUGCACCCUGGUCUCCUGUGUCGCUUGUGUGCCAAUUCUGUCAGUGAACCUGUCUAUAUAUUUAAUGAGAACUGCAAAGAGCUAGAACUAGCUGCUAAAAUCAAUAUCUGUCUUCCAAUCACUGUGAAGAGAACUGAUCCGUUGCCAAAGCAGCUGUGUGUUGAGUGCAAGACAAAGCUUGAUUCGUACCAUGAAUUUGCUGAAGUUUGUGUUCAGGCAGAAGAAAAACUUAGGCUCCUUACAAAGCAGAAAAAUUUCAAAGUGUUAAAACGAGACACGCAAGAAGCUACUGGGCUUGUACCAAAAUGCUCUGAGACAAACAAUGAAAACAAUGGUGAAGGUCCAAUUAGCAGUUUAGACAUGAAGUCCAAAAGUUCAAACGCGCUCAAACACAUUGGAUCAGACUACUGCUGCCCACUUUGUGUUGAGGGAUGCAUGACGCAAGAUGUGGAUUCUGAACCUGAUGUACAAUAUGAUGGGAUGAAUCAGAAGAGAGAAUUAGUGCGAGCAUUCCGUAGAAAAGCCCGUCACUUACGUAAUGCUCCUGGUUUGGUGCCUGGAGUCAAAAUGGAAGUUUACGAUUCGGCAUCAGAUGAUGAUUUUGAUGAUGAUGAUUCAUCUGAUACAACAGAGGCUGAAGGGGAUGGCGAAGGAAGUCAGGAAGCAGAUGGGAUUGCUUCUGACUUGAACUCAACAGCAGGAGUGUAUGCAACUUUUGUUGGCAGUACUAAUGACGUGUGGAAUGAUGAUGACGACAAGUCGGAUUUAGGGACAGAAUGCAGCUAUCCCAUGAGUGACUCAGAGAAUUUAGCCUCCAUUCCAGAGGAGAUGGAGAUCCAAAUGCAAAUGGAGGAUGGGCGUCAAGAAAUUAUCCAAAUUGAGCGGGACACCACUUGCAGACACUGUGGUGAACCUUUCCCAGCUCUUGAACCUGCUUUAGAACACUCAAAGGUGCAUGCGGAAGUUAAUAGCAAUCCAUGUGCAUUGUGUGAUCUUGCCUUUGAGGCAGUAGAUGAUCUUCUAGAACAUUUCAAAGAACAUAGAGAAGAAGAACUAAAUAGGAGACGCCGUGCUUUGAACCGUUUACAGUGUGAAACUUGUGGACGACGCUUCAACAAAGAGAGUACUAUGGAAAAGCACCAGUGUGCAGUUGUUGCUAAGAGCAAGGAGAAAAGAGCUUUCCGCUGCCUACAAUGCAAAAAAGCCUAUACAACUGAAGACAGGCUAUUAUUUCACCAGCAAUUCCAUGAUGGUGCUCCGCCAAAUCUUUGCAUUCCUUGUGGCAAGAUGUUUGACUCUGAAAGUGCAUUGUAUCACCAUGCUCGAAGUGUACAUCAACGUGAAAGGCCAUUUGCUUGUGAAACAUGUGGUAAACGUUUCCACUCUGCAGCGAGACUUAAAACACACAUGAACUUACACACAGGAGAUCGUCCCUUCCCUUGCAAGAUGUGUGACAAGAAGUUUAUGGAUAAAGACACUUUGACAAGCCAUAUGGUUGUUCACAUGAAUGUAAAGCCAUAUCAAUGUGAGCACUGUGGCACAUACUGUGGACGGAAACAUUUGCUAAAGAAGCAUCUAGCUUUGUUCCAUGGUGAGCAAAUGUCGAAAAAGCGUACUCCUUCUCUCAUUCAUUAUGAUUGCAAAAUUUGUCAAGAAACUUUUACUACCUCAUCUGAGGUGGUCCUGCAUCGUACAAGGCAUUGGGUUGUUCAAGAAGGACAAGCUGUAGAUCCAACUAAGGUGCAUAUUUGUGAGUACUGUGGGGAUGUUUUCUCCCAUGGAAAUUCUUUGGGCAAACACAGACGUGAAGUUCACCCUGAUGAGCAACCAUAUGUGUGCAGUAUAUGUGGUGCAACUGCAGGCACUCUGUAUGAAGCGAGAGAACACCGCAGGACUCACACUAAUCAGGAAGAUAUAUCUGAGCCGGAAGCUGGAAAGAAAAGACGUCGCAAGCAUUCUCUUGUACCUAAACUUUACUUCUGUGAUGAGUGUGGAAAAGGGUUCAUGUCAGAAAGGCCUUAUCAAAAACACUUGCGGUCUCAUCAAGCUCGUCAGGAAAAGAAUCUGAUGUGCCAGGUCUGUCACAAGAAAUUUGCAGAAAGGCAACGACUGCUGGAGCACAUGCAGAUCCACACUGGCAUUAAACCGUAUGAAUGUUCUGUAUGUGGUCGUCGGUUCUCUCAGACAAGCUCAAUGUACACACAUGCUCUGAUACAUACUGGUGAAAAACCACACACAUGUGACUUGUGUGGUAGAGGCUUCCGAAUCAAAGCUGAUAGGGACAACCACCGUCGCACCCAUACAGGGGAAAAGCCAUAUAAGUGUGAAUGGUGUGGUCAGCAGUUUAGGACAGGCCAGGUAUAUUACCAGCAUCGCAUGAUUCAUACUGGCGAACGAAGGUUCCCGUGUGAUGUGUGUGGAAAAGCAUUCAAACGUUCACAUACAUUGGUUGUGCAUAAACGCAUUCACACUGGUGAAAAGCCCAAUGCUUGUGACAUUUGUGGUAAGUGCUUCAGACAAAGGAGUGAUAUGAGGAAGCACCGAAACCUGCAUGCACCAACUCAACCUUAGACGUCUGUGGACUUUAUUGAUUAAAAAUUGUUACAUUGUUUUACUAGUCCAAUUGCUAAUUCCUGCACCAAUUUUAAUCAGUAGAUCAUAGCUCCUUAUUUUCUUGACCUCUUGAGUUCUUAUUCUCAUAGGCAUUUAAUUUAUGUUAUCAGUAGUAAAUACAAUUGUCAUUUGGCCCCAUCAAUGAAUUAUUUAUUUGCUCUGUUGCCAAUUGUAUUAUAACCUAAAGCAAAUUUGAUUUGUGUCUUGAUUUUUUGUUCCUUCCCCCAACUUGCCAUUGAUUAAAUUGGCCAUGAACUGAUAUUCUUGUCCAUAAGGAAGUUUGAUUUACUGAAACUUAAGUUAAGCUGGAUCAGGCUGUGGCCAGAAAUGUCAUCAUGAAUACUGUAAGCAACUGAGUAAUAUUUUUGAAAUCAGUAAUCUGUAUUCACAGUAAUUUUUCAAAAAAUAACAAUAUACCUAAAAGGUAAAGAAUUGAAUGUUACAGUAGUUCAUUGCCAUGAUUCUGAAGCUACUGUUGGCAGGUAGUGCUCUCAUUUAUUUCCAAAAGGAAUUAAAAUUAUGCAUGCUUUGUACUGCCUCUUUGAGUUUGUGAUGUCAAUUGUGUCUCUUGGUUUUAGGUAGGUAGGUAGGUUUUAAUGUAGAUGUACGUACUACAUUCAGACUCACAUAGUUUUGGUUUCUGUUGAGAUAAAUAAUAUAUCUGAUUUGUGAUGUCUUAAUAUAAUAAUAUAUAAAUCCCUUGUUUCCUCGUCCUAAAUUUUAGUUUUAGGAAAUCUGGUUAGUUCAAUCAAGGAUUAUAAAAUGUGCAGUAAUGUUUUACUGAAUAUGUUGUUGAUUUUCAUUUGACAGAAGAAAUAUAGUUCAAAUAAACUUGUAUUUUUGUGGA